AUGGCUGACACUAUCGAAUACAGGCUUGCGCCUGUCAAGGCGACCUCCGUGGCCACGGAAGAUAUCGACAAGACUUUUCGUUCCAGCAGUAUUGACUUGAUCUCUGGAACGCUGGGUGGCAAAAUUCUUGGAUUCUCAGAUGAGUGGUUUGCGGAAGCAUUGAAUCUGAUCACUCCCACUGCACCUAUCCGACAGCCUGGUAAGAUGGUCUAUACCGGAGCCUGGUAUGAUGGCUGGGAAACAAGAAGACACAACACUGAGCCAUUCGACUGGGUUGUGAUCCGUCUAGGCGUAGCUUCAGGAACCGUUGUGGGAGUCGAGGUCGAUACUGCCUUCUUCUCCGGUAACCAUGCUCCUGCUAUCUCCGUCGAGGGCUGCUUUAAUCAAGACGACGGCGAGGUCCUAUCAUGGAAGGGUGGCAAGGGAAAGUGGGAAUCUAUUUUGGACGUUCGGGAAUGCGGACCUUCCCAAAGAUUUGCUUGGAAGCUCGAUGAACCCACAUCAAAGCAGUAUACUCACGUCAGGCUCAAUAUGUACCCGGAUGGUGGCAUUGCAAGGUUUCGCCUCUUCGGACAUGCUGUUCCUGUAUUCCCAGAAGAUACGGAGGCUAUCUUUGAUCUGGGCGCAGCUCAAAACGGGGCUGUUGCAGUAUCCUGCAGUGACCAACAUUUUGGUACCAAGGAUAACCUUGUGCUGCCAGGUCGUGGCAAGGAUAUGGGCGAUGGAUGGGAGACGGCACGAUCCAGGACCAAGGGCCACACUGAUUGGGCUAUCAUUCGUCUUGGUGCGCCGGCUCUCAUCCAAAGCUUUGUUGUCGACACGGCGUUCUUCAGGGGAAAUUUCCCCCAGAAGGCUAAACUUGAUGCCAUCGAGUGGAAAGGAGAAGGCGAGCCGGGCGCUGAUGUUGACGGUUGGACGGAAGUCGUGGAGCCAAACAAGUGUGGUCCUGACCAAGAGCACACCUUUGCCUGCUCAGUGAAGAAUAGGGCUUUUACUCACGUGAAACUCACUAUUAUUCCGGACGGUGGGGUCAAACGACUUCGUGUUCUUGCAAAGAGGUCAGUAGACCUGCCGGCCGAUCUGCCAAAGUCACUGGACGAUCGCAGAUAUGUCCCUACCGAGCUUGCGAGAGAAACAGAGUUCUACGAUGGCUGGCAAGGAGAAUCCCAGUUCUUGACAAGCCCCAUGCUCGCAAAGCCCCUUCGCUUCGACGAGCUGACCCUGGACGAUUCGAAAUAUGACCAGGACAUCACAAAAGGUAUUGCCGACAGCGACACGCGACUCAUGGAGAUGCUGGCGGCCCAAGCCCAACACCAAGGUGGCGAAGGUCUAGUGGAUGCUGAUGCGAUCGCGGGCGACGAUAAGCUCUCCGAAGAUAAGAAGAAGAAGAUAUUACAAAGGUCUCUAGCUAUGGCAGCCAGCAACGGCGACUUGGAGCAAGUAAAAGCAGUUCUUGGGGGCAAGGCGAAAUCCCUCGUGGAUGUAAAUGCUCCGGAUGAAGACGGAACCCCUCCACUAGUAUAUGCGAGCUGCUUUGGCCAUGAAAACGUGGUACAAGCUCUAGUUGACGCCGGCGUAGAUGUGGACAAGCAAGACCGCAAUCAAUGGAAUGCCCUGAUGUGGGCCAUGACCAAUCGACACAAAGGCAUCGCCAAGAUUUUACUCGAUAAUGGAGCCUCGCCUGAGGCCAAGACAUCAUCAGGACGUACAGCGGCCGAUUUCAUUGCACCUGAUAGCGACAUGUCCUUCUAUCUGAGCAACAACGGUUACAACAUAGGGAAUGCAGGCGUUGACGACUUUUACAACCCUGGGUUCGAAGACCGGCUCGAAGAGGAAAUGGCCGAGGCUGAACUACGGCGACGCAUGAUGAUGGACAGCGCCAGGGACCUUGAGGUCGAUUUGGGCAAUGUGGGCAUGGAUGAUCAGCCCGAAACUACGGAUGACUUCGAAGAAGAGGCACAAGAAUUCGAUUGGAGCCGUUGUCUGCAUGAUCAAAUGUUCGUAUUCCAGGAAAGCGAACUCGAUAGGUUACUGGAUGUAAUCAUCACCAACAUGCAACCACAAAGAUCGCCUUCGCAGAGACCAGUACCUGCCAACAUGAUAUUCCUUAGCGCAAGAUAUGCGCAUUAUCACGCAAGCCAUGAGCUUCUGGCAGAGCUCCUUAUCCGAGCUCAAGACAAGAUAAACGAAGUCGUGGAACAACAUCAAUGGGAUAUGACCAUCCUAGCAUUUUGGAUGUCGAAUGCGACUCUCUUGCUACAUUACCUUAAGAAAGACGCAGGACUUGUGGAAGCAACCACUGAAUUCCAAGCACAGCUUGCUGAGCUCAUCAACGAGAUAUUCAUUCUUAUCGUUAGGGACGCUGAAAGGCGGCUUGACAAGGUGGUUGAUGUAGCCAUGCUAGAACACGAGACCAUUCCAGGCUUUGAGGACGUUACCUUCCAACAUGAAUGGAAAUUAUUCAAGCGAAAGAAGGAAGUCAAGGCAGAGCCACUAGAAAAGCGCAUGCGACCUCCUUCGCCAAAGCAAAGGGCAAAACCAGCACCGCGGAACGUGACAUCUCUUUUAUCGUCGACGUUAUACGUACUGGAUUUAUACGACAUUCACUCUGUCAUCACGGCACAGAUCAUUUCUCAGUUGAUAUACUGGCUGGGAGCAGAACUUUUUAACCGAAUUAUGAACAACAGGAAAUACUUGGCAAGGACGAAAGCCAUGCAAAUCAGGAUGAACGUGUCGGUCCUGGAAGACUGGGCAAGAAGCAACAAUCGAACACCAGAGCACUACGAACGUGGCGAGAUGACCGCAACCGGAGAAACAACCGUCGACGCAGCACGGAGACACCUUGCCCCGCUUAUUCAGCUAUUGCAAUGGCUCCAGUGCUUCUCAUCAUUGAAUCCUGACGAUCUUGAAGCUCUUGUUGGCACACUCCAAUCAUUACCCCGGUUAACCCCUGAACAACUUCUUUACACUGCUAAGAAUUACCGUCCUGAAGUUGGGGAGAAAGGUUUACCGAAAAGCGCCUCGAAGUAUCUCGAAGCAAUACAGAAGGAAGCAGCAAUCAAGAGAGACCGUAGAAGAACCAUGUCACCCUCACGCAUCAGCGCCCCAGCAACACCGGUCAAAGGCACAAACGGACUGGAACCAGACACCGGCAGUGUGCAAGGCACACCCAACCCCACACUGGAUAGUGACGAGGACGAGUUGCCUGACGGUAUCAAUUUCGAUCCAUCGCUUAUGCUGCCAUUCUCGUUACCAUCUGUCACUGACAUGCUGGUAUCCUUCGGCGCUGGGUUUGGGGGCCAGAACCAAGAGAGAGCUAGAAAGUAUAUUCCGACAGUGCCUCCCGAGUUUCUCGAAAAGCUGGAAUCGGGAGCAGGGGGUCGUCGUAUGUUUGGAGAGAAAGACUGGGAGAAUGAGGAAGUUUAG